UAAGUGUAGGUGCAAUUUUAGCUACUUGCAGUCAAAAUAUAUACAUCUGCAAUGCGUAGUCAGCCAACACAAUCUGCGGUUGAAAGUAAUUCCGCCCAAAUGCACAAUCGCAUGCCAAGACCUUUCAAGACAUCCAACCAAAUCAGCUGUUGGUAAUAUGGUGCGAUCAGUCAUCCUAGGACUGCGAUAUCUUUUGAGCUGUCUCAAUCUCACACUUAUUUUGAGUCUUACAGGCGUUGUUUCUGCUACAAUUCAUCCUCAGGAAGAAAUGAGAGUCUUUACUCAAUUACCAGCGACUCUUCAGGAGGUUGAUGUUAUUAUUGCAGGAGGUAAUUUCAGCCUGUGGUACAUUUGAUCUCAGUAUCUAAUUACAAUCAGGUGGAACUGCCGCGUGCGUCAUUGCAUCCAGAAUUAGCGAUGCUGAUCCCCAAUUGUCGAUAUUGGUUGUUGAGCAGGGUGGAAAUAAUCUAGAUGACCCUACAAUCGUUCAUCCAUUGCUCUUCCUCAGUUAUCUAGCGCCUACCAGCAAUGCAACCCUGUUUCAUCAAGCCACCGCCGAGGAACAACUAGGAGGGCGUGAACUUGUCGUUCCGUCUGGAGGUGUUCUUGGAGGGGGCUCGUCUAUUAAUCUCAUGAUGUAUAGCCGAGCUCAGCGAACGGACUUCGAUAACUGGGCAACCAAUGGUUGGAGUGCUGACGAUAUGAUUCCGUAUCUCAAGAAGGUCAGUUUCAUAUCUCAGUAAAUAUUUCCUGCUUAGAAAUCUAGCUGACUACAUUUAUAGCUCGAGACGUACUCUGGACCUGGCUCGGAAACCACUCACGGCUUCAACGGCCCAGAGCAAAUAUCUGGUGGUACAUAUCGAGCGAACAGAUCCACAGAUCAAUUCAUCGAGGCAGCAGCAAAGGUUGGCUAUCCGGAGAUUGCGGACUUGCAGGGUCUGGAUUUCAACAAUGGUGUCCAGCGUGCUCAACGAUUUAUUAGUCCAGAGGGUAAACGACAAGAUGCAGCUCACACGUACUUGCAUCCCCGGCUUCAAGACGGAAAACACCCUAACCUGAAUGUUCUUGUAGAGACUCAGGUUCUACGAGUCAUAUUUGACGGUAAGAAAGCAUGUGGUAUCGAAAUUCGGCCCAAUCCAGCGAAGCAGACCAACAUCACUGGCGCCAGUAAACAAACUAUCAAAGCCAAAAAGAUGGUCAUCGUUUCUGCUGGUGCUUUGGGAACACCCCUUAUUCUUGAACGUUCAGGCGUAGGUCCCACCCCCGAAACAUUAUUUGAAAGCCAACCAACCGCAACGUUUCAAUCUGUCUUAGCGAGCCCCAGCGUGCCCCAUAACGACCCACCCCACAAAGACUGA